CCGGAAGCGGAAUUGUUCCACGUUUCCGACCGAAAUCUCAGUGUCGACACAUCAAAAGCCCACAACUUGACAGUUUUCGGCGCUGACAACAAACGCUUCUGAUCACAACGACGUGCUGGUACUUGCAACUGUAAAUCAACAUGACGAACGCGUCUGGAACAGAUGCCGCUGCCGGCGCAAAUGGCCAAAGCAAACUCGAUAACCGCACAGUUCCGCCAUUGGGCAUGACGGGCAAGCAGUUUCUGGAAGCGGCAACAUCUUCACUCAACGAGAUUGAGCAGUACUAUUCCGAUAUCGCGGAGAGACCUGUACUGCCUUCGAUUGAGCCAGGUUAUCUUCCCAAGUUGCUGCCAGAUACAGCUCCCGAAGUCGGCGAGCAAUGGACCGAUAUCCAACAAGACAUCGAACGAACGAUUAUGCCAGGCAUCACGCAUUGGCAGCAUCCCAAAUUCAUGGCCUAUUUCUCAGCUAGCUCGACAUAUCCGGGAAUGUUGGGUGAGAUGUGGAGUGCUGCUCUGACCGCACCCGCUUUCAACUGGAUCUGCUCACCUGCAAUCACAGAAUUGGAAACUGUGGUGUUAGACUGGAUGGCCAAAAUCAUUGCUCUGCCACAAGAGUUCCUCUCAAAAGGCCAAGGUGGUGGUGUAAUCCAGGGUUCUGCUUCGGAAGCGAUCGUCACUGUCAUGGUCGCUGCAAGAGAGCGAUGGGUGCGAAGACAAAUCGAGAGGGAAGGUCUCACAGAUGCAGAAGACAUCGAGGAUCGUUCAUGCGAGUUGCGAGGCAAACUCGUUGCGCUGGCCUCUGACCAAGCUCACUCUUCCUCUCAGAAAGCAGCGACUAUCGCCGGGACGCGUUUCCGAAGCAUCAGAACACGACACGGAGAGGCUUAUGCCCUCAAAGGUCAAGAUUUGCGCAAGAAGGUUGAAGAGCUCCAAGCGAAGGGUCUCCACCCAUACUACCUGACUGUGUCAAUUGGUGCAACAGGUGUUUGCGCUGUCGAUGACUUCGAAUCGAUUGCUGAAGUAGCUCGCGACUAUCCUGAUAUCUGGAUCCACUGCGAUGCUGCCUACGCAGGAGCAGCUCUUGUGCUGCCAGAGUACCAACACCUUUCCAAACAGAUGUCUAUGGUUGAUUCCUUCAACUUCAACAUGCACAAAUGGCUUCUCACAAACUUCGACGCGUCAUGUCUAUACGUUCAGAAACGCAGAGACCUCACGGACGCUCUCAGCAUUACGCCCUCGUACCUGAAGAACGAGUACACCGAAAGCGGCCUUGUGACCGAUUAUCGUGACUGGCAGAUUCCUCUGGGUCGCCGCUUCCGCUCUCUCAAGAUCUGGUUCGUGCUCCGAACAUGGGGCGUCAAAGGUCUACAAGAACAUAUCAGACAUCACAUCAACCUCGGAAACCUGUUCGCGGACCUGGUGCGUUCGCGGCCUGAUCUCUUCAGCAUUCUUGCUCCACCUGCUUUCGCCUUGACUGUGAUCACCAUCAAUCCUCAAAUGUGGCAAAACCUCAAACUUUCGCAGUCAGCGAACGGAGCGGAUCCGCGACCGGAACAGGAUUCAGUGGACACCAAAAUUGCAGUAGAUUCAAAAGCGGACGUGGACGAUCCCACGUUGAGAGCUGCAAAUGAUGUGACGAAGGAAGUGUUCGAGUUGAUCGAUGCGAGGAAAGAAUGGUUCCUGACUUCGACGAUGGUCGGUGGAGUCUAUGCGAUCCGAAUUGUGUCGGCGAAUCCUUUGGCAGAGGAGAAAUAUGUCAGACAGGUGUUUGAGGAAUUGGUGCGAACCACUGAAGAAGUCAUGUCGAAGCAUUUGGAAGGCGGAGCUUGAGCAGCAAACAGUAGACCGGGAACAUUGCAAACGUUACAAAGCUGGCACGACAAUUUCGGUAUCGUGGACCUGCUCCGUUUGCGAGGCCAGGGACUUCCACCAGAAGUGCGGCGAGGAUACCAAGCGAUUCUCAUCUGGCCGAACACCGUAUGCAUCUGUUACGCGUACAUGGAUGUGAUUCCGGAGCCAUUGCAGCAACUGGAUCAGAAAUUCUGUCAGCAUACCAUCCAGCGAUGUAGCCAUGAGCUGUUCCGGUGCACGCCACGAUCACAGCACUUUGAGGUUGUACGAAAUCACGAAGAUAAGCGAAAGGUUGCUCCUUCGCUACAUUGAAAGAGACAUGUGGGCGACAAGCGAGCACACAAGAAGUCGGCAGGUCGACUUCACACGACAUCAAAGAAUUUCCUUACUUCUGUAGAUAUGUAUAUGUAUCCAGCUAACACGAGUUUCUGGGCUGGAGAAGCGAUUCGAUACAUACGUACACGGCC